UCCCGUGAGAAGGAAAGAGAGGAAACGGAGAGAGAAAGAAAUGGUGGCUAUAUCACUGUACAAAGGCAACCUCCACAAAGUGCCGGACGUCCCCCAUCGAUGGCCGCGCCCAACACCCAAAAUCUCACUCAAAGAUUUCAGGAUUCUCCUCCGCCGCCGCGCCAGGGCCCUCUCCCGCCUCCGCUUGUCCACCAUCGACGUCGCCACCACUUCAAACCCUAACCCUGCCCCUGCGCCUAACACCGACUUGGAUAAUGGUAUUGCUGAUCCGAGUCCUGUGGAUAAUGCUGUGAACAGUAAUGAGGGUGGUAAUCGUGUUGAGAAUCCCGCUUCUGAACCUGAAUUGCCGCAGAAAGGGGAUGUGAAGGAGGGUGAAAGGGAGGAGGGGAAGGUGAAAGAAGACAAAUUGGUAGGGGGAGAGGAUUCAUUGAGGAAAUUGAUGGAGAAAACUGAUGCUUUCGUGGAGGAGGAGGAGGAGAAGAAUGUGGAUAAAGUCAAGAAUGAGGAGAAAGUAGAGGUUCCUGUGAACCCGGUGGUCGAGAAAAGCAACACAGAAAAUGCGACAAGUGAUGUGGAGAAGAGAAAAAAGGAGGUUAAGGAAAAGUUGGAAAUUUUGAAUGAGAAAAAACAUAGUUUGGUACAAGUGCUGAAACAGAUCCUGAAUGCAGAAGAGCAGUUAAAGAGACAAAAUAGUAUGCAAGGGACAUCUGGUCGUCCACCUCUUCCUCUACAAGUGGAUACUACAACUGAUUCUGGAUCAAUGACUAGGGUCAACACCCCUAGAAUGGGCUCAGAUGGAAAUCCUUGCGGUGAUAUGGAGGGAGGAGAAGGUGAUGAUGUUUCAAACCACAAUAUGCAAUCUCGUCUACCUCGUAUGAGCAGUACUUCACCAUCUUCUGACUCUCAGCAGCGGAAGCCUGCCGCUAACGUGAUACCUCACUCUUAUCGGACUACACUAGGGGUUGCAGGUAGUCCUUCACGGUUUGCGCCUGGUGGGCAGGGACACUCCUCAGUUUCUGUAUCAGGAGCAAGUUAUAUAGCUUCUUCUCCUUCUCCUGCAGCAUCAGGUGGCACUUCAGUAUUUAGAGACGGUAGGCUUCCGAGUCCUUGGAAUUAGGAGCACUUUAUUUUGGCCACAUGUCACAUCUCUUAUCUAUUAUGAAGUGUGAACCAUAUUCUAUUCUUGCUUCAUUGGUACAGAGUACAACCUAUUGGGAAGUAAGAUUAGAGACUACUUUUCGACUGUUCUUAGUGUGUAGUUAAUAGAAUCAUGGAAAGAUUGAUCUUCUCAUGGAUCAAUAGUUUGUAUGCUGUACAUCAACCAAGUCGAUUGUUAUUUUCAUGAGUGAAAAGCCCAUAAUGUAUUUGAAGAAUUGAGAUAUGUAUAUAACCUUUCAUUGACGUAA